AUGUCUUCUAGCGCGGAUGUGGAGAGAGGAGACAGCUUCACGGAAGCAAGAAUACAACUUCAAAUACAAUCAGCAGAAAAUAAUGUCGGAGAAAGUACAGGGCAUCCAUGGAUGGUGUACUUCUGUACCUUCAUUGCAGCUUGUGCAGGCUACUCGUCUCCCACUCAGUCCGCGAUUACAGAAGAACUUCAACUGUCUGAAGCCGAGUUCUCACUUUUCGGUUCCAUACUAACUUUUGGUGCAAUGUUUGGUGCUAUAACAAGUGGAUUUAUAGCUGAUUAUUUAGGUAGAAUAAUGGCAAUGAAACUGUAUGCACUAUUCUGCACAGGAGGGUGGCUUGCAAUAUAUUUUUCAAAGAGUUCUUUAGCUUUGCAUCUAGGAAGACUCGCCGGUGGAUAUGGAAUGGGCGCCUUCUCCUAUGUGGUACCUAUUUACAUUGCUGAAAUAUCACCUGUAAGCCUUCGAGGAGCACUUACAACGUUAAACCAGGUCAUGAUCUCUACUGGUAUUUCAAUUGCUUUCCUUGUUGGGAUACCAUUAUCAUGGAGAGCAUUAGCGUUAAUGGGAUUAAUCCCCUUUGGUAUUAUGCUUUUGGGUUUAUUACUCACUCCGGAGUCUCCAAGAUGGCUUGCAAGAGAAGGAAGAGCAGAUAAGUUUAAAGUUUCUCUUCAGAAACUUCGCGGGAAAAAGACAGACAUUACCCUUGAGACAGCUGAGAUCGAACGUUGUGUGGAGGAACUCAAACUACUGCCAAAAGCUAAAAUCUAUGAUCUGUUCAGAAAAAAAUAUCUAAAAUCUGUCAUUAUAGGAGUCGGGUUAAUGAUCUUCCAGCAGUUUGGAGGAAUUAAUGGGAUUUGCUUCUAUGCAAGCAACAUCUUCAAAAUGGCAGGAUUUUCACCAAAACUUGGCACCAUUAUAUACACUUUUCUUCAGGUUGUAAUUACGUGCGUUGGAGCAACUUUGAUUGACAAAUUAGGAAGAAAGCCACUGCAAUUGGUUUCUGCAGCAGGAGCAAGUGUAGGUUUUAUAUUGGUGGCAGUCGCGUUCUACCUACAAGCCCAUGGCAAGUCCACAGAGACAGCAGGAAUACUUGCCGCGACAGGCAUACUGGUAUAUGUAGCAUUCUUUUCUAUUGGAUUAGGACCAGUUCCAUGGGUUAUAAUGUCAGAGAUUUUCCCUAUAAAUAUAAAAGGACUAGCUGGAAGCUUAGCCACACUUGUCAAUUGGUUUUGUGCUUGGUUAGUCUCGUAUAAGUUCCAGUUUCUGAUGAAUUGGAGUACAUACGGUACAUUCUUUAUAUUUGCCGCGAUUAAUGCACUAGGAUUCCUCUUUGUUAUCACGAUUGUGCCUGAAACAAAGGGAAAAACUCUAGAGCAAAUCCAGGACGCCAUCAACAAUUAGCACAAGGAAAGAAGGUACCAUCAUCUUUUGAAAAUUGGUGGCCUGGAAGCCAUAAGUAAUCUGUAACAAGAUUAUGAUAGAAAAGCGAGUCUCGUUUUGUGUGCGAGAUUUCUAUGCAAAUGUAGCAAAACGGUACACAAAUGCAAUGAUAAAAGAAUAGAAAGGAAAAAGAAUGUAGUCGUCUCUUUAGAAUUAGUUGUCACAUUGUUACCCCAACCACCUAUAAGGCUAUAAUUAGAAAUAUAUGACAUACCACAUACAUAUAACAAAAAAAAAAAA